AUGGCUCUAAAACGUUAUCAAAUGCUAUGUCGAUAUAUUAAUUUUGUUGAUAACAAACCAAUUGAUACUUCUGACCGUUUUUACAAAGUAAGACCAAUUUUAGAAGGUAUAAGAGAAAAUUGUUUGUCAAUUGAACAGGGUAAGUUGUUUUCAAUAGAUGAGAUGAUGAUCCCUUAUAAAGGGACCAAAGCUGGCUCCAGAAGACAGUAUAUUCGAAACAAACCUAAAAAAUGGGGUUUUAAAUUUUUUGUAAGAGCUGGAAUUGAUGGUUUUGUGCAUGAUUUUUUCCAUAUGCGGGCGAAACAACGUUUAGUACAGAAUCAUUCUCAGAAUAUGAAGAAACUUUUUUUGGCUGUUUAUUUUGACAAUUGGUUUACAUCACUGGAACUUGUGACGUAUUUAAGAAAAGAGUUUGGAAUUUUAAGCCUUGGAACAAUACAACAAAAUAGACUACGUGGAUGUGACAUCAUAAAUGACAAAGAUUUACUCAAAAAAGGAAGAGGAAGUUAUGAAAUGAGGUGUGAUAAUAAAAAAAAAAUUGCUGUUGUAAAAUGGGCACAUAACAAAUGUGUAACAUUGGUAAGUUCGUUUGUACCUCUAAAUGAACAAACGUCAUCAAUUCGUCGCUACGAUAAAAAUAUGAAAGCUAAAAUUCAUAUUAAUUGUCCAACAAUAAUCAAAGAAUAUAACUCUAAGAUGGGUGGUGUCGAUUUAACUGAUAUGUUAGUAUCUUUAUAUCGUACUGGUCUAAAAUCGCAUCGUUGGUAUUUGGCUGUAUUUUCACAGUUAUUGGACAUAUCUGUCAACAUUGCGUGGUUAUUAUAUAGGCGUGAAUUACAAGAGUUAAAUAUAAUGAUUUAA